AUGGCUGCUCCCGCUCUCAAGUUCGCCGCCGUCGUGCUCCUGGCCGCCCUCUGCGCCACGGCGCUGGCCCCGGGCAUAUCGGGGCAGCCGACUGAUGACGGGCUAGCGACGUGCAUCGCGCGCUGCGGGUGUGUGCCCUGCCCGAAAGGGAAGUUCUGCCCCGCCGUGUGCACGACCCCGCCUGCCUGCAAGGCCAAAUGCGAGUCCGGCUAG